AUGCCCAGCACACCCUUCAUCUUUGGCAUGCCUCAGAGCGAUGCCUUUCUGAAGCGUCUCACUGCUUGUGAGGAGGAGGCCAUGUCCUCAUUGGGCUCUCGUAUGGAAGCGGCCUACUAUGCGGCACCGCUUCAGCUGGUGGAUCAAACCUUGCCGGCCCUGGUGCGGCACUUGCGCUCGGAGGGCUGGGCUGUCUAUGGCGCCACCUCGCGAAGGACCGGCGACAGUGUGCCAUAUGACUGGCAUAGCUGGCUGCUGGUGGAUUUCUUACUGGAACAUGGUCUUCACUUCACACCACUGUCAACAGAAACCGUGCACCUGGGCAAUGCCACUAGGGCAGGCGGAAUCUUCUUCGUGGGCGGCGAAGAGGUGAAUAAGGGUCAUGUCAUUCAUCAAGUCGUCCCAGCAGGUCAUAUGGCGGUGCUCAUCGACAACACUUAUGACAAAUUACUGCGAGCUCGGAGUUCCUCUUCCUGCAGAUUUCAGGGCGUGCAUUUCACGGCAGCACACGGGUUAGAAUCAGAUGAUGAGUCGAGGCAGCGGUGGUUGUGUGAGCAGCUGGCCCAGAUUGGAAGACGUUGCAAGUCCUGUGGCCAAGAGCUGUGA